AUGGCCAACGCCUCCUCCUCGUCGCCGCUUCGGUCGGCCUACCUUGUCGUCUACAAUGCCCUUUCUGCUGCUGCAUGGUCCAUCGUCCUCUACAAGACUGCCUUGACCUGGUACACCAGCGGCCACCAGGAGGUCUUUUUUGAAGUUGGAGAGUGGACAAAGUGGACGCAGACAGCUGCUGCUUUGGAAAUCCUCCACUCGCUUCUCGGCGUUGUCCGAUCCCCCGUCCUCACCACCGUCAUGCAAGUCUCCUCUCGAUUCCUUCUUGUCUGGGGCAUCGUGCACCCGUAUCCCUUUGUCUCCGCCGCGCCCACGUACUCGUCGAUGCUCAUCGCCUGGUCCGUUACCGAGGUCAUCCGCUACAGCUUCUUCGCCACUGCUAUCCUCGGCAUGUGCCCUGGCGUUCUGCUCUGGCUGCGAUACAACACCUUCUUCAUCCUCUACCCCGUUGGAAUCUUUAGCGAGGUCUCUCUCAUCUGGCUCACCACCAAGAUUGGCGGUCUUGAGAGCAUGAUCCGCAUUGCUCUCUACGCCAUUCUUGUUAUCUAUGUCCCUGGUUCCUACAUUCUCUACACAUACAUGAUGAAGCAGCGCGCCCGCGUCAUCAAAGCCGCCAGCGGAAAAUAA